AUGGAACGCAACAACGACCUGAUCCUUGGCUAUGGCAAGUACCAGUGCCUGGGUAAACCGGUCGCCUUCAUGGAGCUCAACAAGAUCUUCGUCGAGUUUGUUGAGAAGAUUCGAGUUCGAGGUCCGGGGUCCGCUGAAUUUGUGGGAUACGUGCUGCUGCUGGACGCAUUUGCAGAAGGAUACGUGGGCUAUCGUGAGAAUGCGCGAGGGAGCCUCAAGAUAGGCAUCUUCGACAACGCGUUGCGGCGAUGGUACCCGUUGAUAGUCUCUUCCGCUCCUAUAGCGGGAAUGUCAGCCAUCCUUUUUGCUAACGACGAUUCAAUGACAAAUAAUCAUUCGAACGAGGCAGCUUUCUACCAAAACGUCUAG